AUGCGUAGCACCGCAAAGUACGCCGCUAUCUCAUACUGUGCGAUAGGUUUGAUUCUAGGUCAUGCUUGGCUGACGCAACCGAACUUUUACCGCGCAACGGCCUACCUUUACAACUCAAAGACUGCCAGGUUUUCCGCGGUGAAUGCUGGGCUCGUCUCGCUCUACCUUGUCGGCCAGCUUGUGCAGCGUCUUCUGCUCGGUGAACUGCGUCUGGUAGAAGCGGAGCGCCUGCACUUGCGAGCACGCGAAUCAUUGGUGGAAAUGUUCCUUGCGAUGACUGUCUUCUCCCGAACAGAUUUCCAUGCACGGUUUCUCUGCAUGUUCGCAUGGACCUUUUUUUUGAAGGUUUUCCAUUGGCUCAGCCAGGAACGCCUGGGAUACGUUGAGCAACAAGUUAUCAUGCUCAGCCGUCCGCGCCUGACGCACGCUCGCCUAGUCGUACUCUUUUGCUGGUUAUUUGUUACCGACGCCUGCAUGCUCUGGCACUGUUUACACUUCACGAGCACAAACGGCCCGUCGAUCAUGGCCAUGUUCGCUUUCGAGUACGCGAUUUUGCUAAUUGGCCUCCUCAGUCAGAUCGUUCGCUAUGUUGUCUUCAUAAUAGACGUGUUUGUGUUAACGGAAGGCACCUGGGACGACAAAGGUCUCUGGCUUUUUUAUAAUGAGCUACUCUCCCUGUUUCUGCAGCUGGCUGCAUACCUUGCGUUUUUCACCUAUGUGCAUUUAUUCUACAGUCUUCCGCUGCACAUUCUGCGAGACCUAGCAGUGACAGCCCGCACCUUCCGACAGAGGCUCAUCGAGUUCAUUCGCUAUCGCCAAGUGGUGCGAUCCAUGCACACCCAGUUCCCGAACGCUACAGAGCAAGAGCUAGCCGCCGGCGACCGAACUUGCAUCAUCUGUCGCGAGGAGAUGUUCGGUGGUGCUGGUGCUAAGAAACUCGUCUGCGGCCACAUUUUCCAUCUGCGAUGCCUCCGCUCCUGGAUGGAACGCAGCAUGAGCUGCCCGACGUGCCGGCGAGAUAUACGUCCUCUGCGGGCGCCAACAACGAGUGCACGUCCCACUGCUUCAUCUGGUGCCGCUACGCACCACGACGACGGAGCGCGGCGAAACGCUCCGGGUAGCCUCAGUACGCGGCCGCAACGAGGCGCGACUGCGCCCAUCGAAGCGCCAGCGACGGCUGCACGACGGGUCGACACGUCAGCAGUGCCGGCGAGUACGCAGCAGCGAAUGCGCCCUUCGACGGCAUCUGCCGACAGGGAGGCUUCCGAUCCGGAGCAUCUCUCCAGAAACGAAUGGAAUGCACAUUCUGGGCGUCCGCCGUGGACCACAGCACGCUUAACGGAGAUGCCGCCACCGUCGUCGUCAACGUCAACGCCAGCACCACCACCACCGUCGUCGCCGCCACCACCACCACCACCUCCUCCUCAGUUGCUUGCGGUGCUCGAAUAUAUCGCACAGACAGCACCGCAUGCCGACGUGCAGUGUUCCCCGCUGCCACCGACGAGCACCCCAGCCCAACCGACUCGAACGCAUACCACACCGGCAUCGUACGCGCGCCCUCGAAGUGCAACUAUCGAAGAUGCCCGUCGACUACAACGGCAGUUGGAUGAUCUCUCUAGUGUGAUGCGUAAUCUCAUUGAACGACUCGAGCACGAGCUUGAGGACAGGGACGCGGAGCAAAUCGAGCGUCGUUGA